AGUAUUAGUACUUUAUUUUUUUUUUGUUUUUUGCAGCAAUUAAAACAAUUAUUAUAUAGACAUCGACUAUAUUAGUAUUUUUUUAAUAUUUAAUUAAAAUCUUUUUUGAAUCACUUAAACAUUUAGUGAGGAAACACCAAACGAAACAACUAUUAUGCGUAUCAUAUCAAACCCGGUAACACCGUUUUGGACACAUCUGGAAGGCGAUGUCCGACCCGGUCUGACCAUUUACGUAACUGGCCACAUACCGCACCAUUCGGAUCGGUUCGAAAUCAAUCUGGUCGAGGGUAGCGAUACUGGUCAUCAUGCGGCCCAUCACAGCAGUAUCGCUUUGCACGUCAACCCGAGGGUUCACGAAGAUUAUGUAGUACUGAACAGCCGUCACCAUAAAUCGUGGGGCAGUGAGGAACGCCAUACACACACCCAUCAGCUACACCGGGGCAACAAUUUCAGUAUUGCCAUACAUGUCGAACACGAGUACUAUCGGGUGGAAGUGAAUGGCGUACCGUUGGCUUACUUUCAUCAUCGGAUGCCCUAUCAGUGUGUCGGUGCACUGUUCAUUGAUGGUGAUGUCGAUAUACAUAAUGUCGAAAUCAAACAUGGCGGCGGCGGAUACGGUGGUGAAGGAAUGCCGUAUGUUGUCGGUGGUGGUGAUGAGUCAUACAUACCCGGCCAGUAUGUGGAAAGUCAUCAUCAUCACCAUGAUUCCCAUCACCAUCAUCAUCAUCAUGGUCAUCACGAUUACUAGUGGGUAAAUGAUGGGACCUACUAAUGAUGGGGUAAUACGGUAUCUAUACCUACAGUAUAUAUAUAUAGAUAUAUAUAAUAUGAUG